UUUUUGUUAAUCGUUCAUUAAGAAAAGUUUUGACUGCGUAUACAGGUGAAAAACGCUAAUACUGAAAGCUAAUAAAGGCCAGAACAAAAACGCUUAGAAAUCUAAACAAAUAACUUAACAACCCACCGAAAUGGCGACAAAAAUAUUUGUGGGUAGCCUGCCGCCCGGUACAAAGCCUGAGGAAUUACGACAUCUAUUUGAAGAUUACGGUGUUGUGGUGGAAUGUGAUGUUAUGAAUCGAUGUGGAUUUGUACACAUGGAAACAAAAGAAAUGGCUAACACAGCGAUUACAGCACUACACGCCUCUGAAUUUAAAGGACAAAUGAUUGUUGUAGAGCUGGGUCGGCCGAAAGAUAGGAAAACAAAUGCGGACAAUGAACGAGGCGGAAAUAUAAGGUCACGAGGUGGAGCACGUGGCGGAGGUAAAGUUGAGAUAUUUCGUAUAUUGUUUAUUGCUUUUGUUAACAUUUUUGUAAAUAUUACUAUAUUAAGGGGGUAGGAACUCGGGACCAGGGAAUCGUGGUGGCGGACCAGGUGGAAGAGAUAGUGGUAUGAUUGAUGGUGGCAAUAAUAGACAAAACUUUGGUAAUAAUUCCGGACGUGGCGCACCAAAAAAUAAAUUUAAUCAAGGUAGCGGACCUAUACGUAAUGAUCACUUCAAACCACAACGUAACAUGCCUUAUCAACGAAGAAAUGAUGGUCCUAGUGGAAAUUCGAAUGACGCUAGUGGAAUGUUUGGUGGUAAUCAAAGAGGAAACUUUAGUAGUGGAAAUACCAGCGGCUCUAGAGGUAUCGGCCGUGGAGGAGGUGACGGUGGACAACAAAAUUUUCAUAACUGGGAUAAACCAACGCUUGAUGGCAACAGUCAGUUUGGUGGCAUGAGUAAUUUCAAUGACAACGAGGGGUACGGCAACAGCUUUGGUAGCAAUUCAGGCGCUAAUCUACCGGGAGGUUUUGGCGGUAAUAAGGGUAUUGGCGGUCAGGGUCAGGAUAGAAGAGGUUUCGCCUUACCUAUGAGCGGACGUGGUGGUGGUGGUCAACGUUUCGGUACUGGCAAUCCUGCUUUUGGUGGUGGCAAUCAUGUUGGCACAUUUGGUGGAAGUGGAAUGCAAAAUAAUGCUGGCCUACCAAAUAACUCCACCGAAGGACUUUUUAGUCGAAGAAAUAACAAUGGUUCAAAUGGCCAUGGAAAUAAUAUGCCUGCACGUGGUGGAUUCCAUGGCGGCUUUGGCAAUGGUCAAGGUGGUGGCAAUGCAAAUAGUGGUGGCCGUGGCGGAUUUAGGCGUGGUGACGGCGUUGGUGGAAGUGGCGGUGGGGGCAAUAAUGAAAGAUUUUCCGCGCCGAAUAAUUACAAUAGUAAUUUCCCUCCACUUGGAGCGCAGGGAUUCGUUGGCCGCGGUGGGCCUGCGCGUGGCGGUCGGAGUGGUGGAAAUCAACGCAAUGGUCCACGUCAAAACCCGAUGCCCUAUCAACGUUUUUGAAAAUAACAACUAGUAACGAGUUCACCAUAGCGUUUAUGUGAAUAAAUAAUGUGGAAUUCGUGUAUUACAGUUAGACUAACUAUAUGAAUAGGCAAUUCAUAACGAGCGCACACGUGCGAAAACUUUGCUGAGUAAACUCAAUAUGUGACUCGGAAAAAAAUUACAUUUUACGGAGUCAUUUAAACUAUUACAUUUUUAUAAUAUUUAAUUAAAUCAACAAAUAUUAGUAUAUAAGCUACGCAAGGGCGUCAAUAUUUUGUAUAUAUUAACUAUCAUAUGUAAAGUAUAUAACAUAUUCUAAGCAUAGAACAAAAUAAUUAAAUAGGAAAAUUACAAUUUUACAGACAACAUUGCGCAGAUCACUCUUUCAACUACUCUGAAUAAAAUUUAAUUAGAAAUGCCGUGAAAAUUUUAAACGAUAUUAACUUACAAUCACGCCGUACAUAACGUAACGUAAAAGAUUCUAUGUGUGAAAAGUAUUAACUAUACAUUUACCUGACCGAAUAUUGAUAUGUAUAUUUUCAAUUAAAAAAAGUAUACUUAAGUUUGUAUAUAAAUGAACAACAAUGAAAAAGCCCAAGUUAUUACAAAAAUGUUUUAAUUUCUUGCACAUAUCUAUUUAAAAUCUUACUUUAGGGUUAGUACAUUUGUUUUUUGCAAUAUAAUUGAAUAAAGAAACACUUAAUUUUUUUUUAUGUAAA